AUGGCUUCAUCACUUCUGGCAACGGCAGGAGGACUUCUGUUACUUUUCUCCUUCUCAUCAGCACAACCCAGAGGAGACAGCAUUGCAGUAUGCAACCCAAACGACGGCUUUGGAAAGUACUGUCCAACUACAUGUGGAGUGGCUGAUUACAUGCAGAGAUAUAUACCAGGAGUGAGUCGAGAUUUGGACAAGAUGCAAAAGGAUUUGGAAACAAUUGCCAAUCUGACACAGGGGACAGAAGAAACAGUUACCUACAUGAAAGAUUCUACUACUUCAGCUCAAAAGAGUACCCAGCCAGACCCGUACUUCAAAAGGUCAUCGGGUAUGCUGGAAGAUGUCCUUCGAUUUGAAAAGACCAUCAUUACACAGGAGCAGCAAAUAUUUGAACUUCAGAAUUUAAUUUCAUCCAACGAGAGGCGAAUGGCAGAUUUGAAACAACUCUCCAUUCAGCUGCAGCAGAGAUGUAGUGAGCCCUGCAAAGACUCUGUUGAGAUUCAGCCCACCAAAGGAGCAGAUUGCCAGGAUAUUGCUAACAAAGGUGCCACCGUCAGUGGUCUUUACUAUGUGAAACCAGCGAAAGCUACUGAAGAGUUCCUGGUGUACUGUGAGAUUGACAACUUUGGACGUGGUUUCACAGUAAUACAGAGGAGACGUGACGGCAGUGUGGACUUCCACAAGGACUGGACCCAGUACAAGGAGGGCUUUGGUUAUCUCUCCCCAGAUGACACCACAGAGUUCUGGCUCGGCAAUGAGAAAAUGCAUCUGCUGACCACUGGUUCGACCAUCCCGACUGUGCUGAGGAUAGAGCUUGUUGACUGGGAAGGCAACAAAAGAUAUGCUGACUACACCAUGUUCAGAGUCGGGCCAGAGGCCGACCAGUACCGUCUGACCUACGGCUACUACUUUGGCGGUGAUGCUGGAGAUGCUUUUGAUGGUUUUGACUUUGGAGACGACCCCAGUGACAAGUUCUACACAUCUCACAAUGGCAUGCAGUUCAGUACCCAUGACAAGGACAACGACAAGUAUGACGGCAACUGUGCAAGGCAGGAUGGCUCCGGCUGGUGGAUGAACAGAUGUCAUGCUGCCCACUUGAAUGGCAAAUACUACCAGGGUGGAAGGUACACAGAGAAGGACGCUGGUGAAUAUGGCUUUGACAACGGCAUCAUUUGGGUCACAUGGCACAACCGCUGGUACUCCUUGAAAGAAACCACAAUGAAGCUCAUUCCCCUGAGCCGCAUCACAGCCGGUGGACAGCAGACUGGGGUGAAACAGUUUGGUGGACUUGGAGAUGCUUAAAGAGUAACAUGCUUGUGGUCUGUUUAGACUGCUGAUGUCUGACUUCAUGGUGUGUCUUGGUGUGAUGUGAGCAUGCUUUGCUAGUCCUUUUCUUCUUCAGUGUUGUUUUGACCACUAAAGAAAUAUUUUUUCUUUGCCAAAUAUGGUUUGUCAAACUUAAUUGGCCGGUAUUAUUUUGCACCCAAAGGAUAUUAGCAACAUGCUCUGGUACUUCCUCUAAUGCGAUAUGGCCAGAAUUUUUUU